AAAUCAUAUCUGCUUUUAUGUCAUUGAAUCCAGAAUUUCUCAAUUUUCGGGUUAUUUGAUAAAAACAAGUGAUUUGUGUCAUAACUAUAGUAUAGUUUAGUGUAAAGUAAUUAUCAUUUUAGAUGUCAUUCAUUUAUCGAUCGGUAUUUCCCAUCACUUUGUCAGUGAUAUUCAUGACAAACACAACAUGAUUAACGUUAUAACCAAAUCAUUGCUUUUCCUACUUCUUCUAAAUAUUCAUUUCAUUCAAAUUGAAUCCAAAUUUCAAAGAGUAUGUUAUCUUCGGGUGGACUCAAGCCAACGAAUAGACGCCCAAACAAUCAAUGGCUCGCUUUGUACUCAUAUUAUCCUCGGUUUCGCUGAUAUCGUCAACGGAACCGUUGGUCCGCACCAACCAAACGAUGUCUUGUAUUAUCAAAAUGUAACACAACUUAAGACCAAUUUCACGGAUUUGAAGAUUAUGUUAUCGGUUGGCGGCGGAGGCAGUGAUGGCUCCGGUUUUCAUCAGAUCUGUUCCAAUCAAACCAAUAUUGAUAGAUUUGUUUCAUCAGUUAUGGAUCUUCUUUUGAAAUAUAAUUUCGAUGGUUUAGAUAUCGAUUGGGAGUUUCCGGCCUGGAAUACACCCUAUCCUCAGGACAAAUACACAUUCACUCAAUUACUAAAAUCAUUGAAUAUACAAUUUGAACGACAACUCAAUCGUGUCGACAAUAGACGGCAAUUGCUGUUGAGUUGUGCCGUCUCUGCGAUCAUUAAUGUUGCGGACGCGGCCUAUGAUAUGCCAGAAAUGGCCAAAUAUGUAGACUUCGUGAAUGUAAUGUCAUAUGAUUUCCACGAAUUCACCCCAUUCUGGCCCUUCACUGGCUAUAACUCACCACUCUAUGGACGUAAAGUGGAAAAGACUUAUUUUACAUUCUUGAACACCAAUCGAUCGGUCAAUCAUUGGGUAACACUUGGGAUGAGUAAAGAAAAGAUUAUGGUUGGGAUUCCCACUUACGGUCACUCUUAUCAAUUGGCGAGCACUGAACACACGGGUCCGGACUCGGCCGCCAUCGCUCAGUUGCAGGACAUGACAUAUACCCAGAUCUGUGCACUUCUACGAAACACUUCCACUCAUAGCUAUUUUGAUGCCGAAGCGAAAGUACCAUAUCUUGUGAGCGGAGAUCUUUGGGUCUCUUAUGACGACAGCACUAGUGUUGCGCUAAAGGCUCAAUGGAUUCGUGACAAUAGUUUCGGCGGAUCCAUGACUUUCGAUCUCAACACCGAUGACUAUCACUAUAAAUAA